AUGGCACAGGAAGACUACGACUAUCUCUACAAAAUUGUAUUGAUUGGUGAAAGUGGAGUCGGAAAGUCCAAUCUUCUUCUUCGAUUCACUCGAAAUGAAUUUGACCCAGAGAAGCGAUCCACUAUCGGCGUCGAAUUUGCUACAAGAAGUAUUCAACACGAACAAAAAGUCAUCCGUGCACAAAUAUGGGAUACCGCUGGACAAGAACGUUAUCGUGCUAUUACUAACGCAUACUACAGAGGUGCUGUGGGUGCAUUAAUUGUGUAUGACAUCACCAAAGAAAGUUCAUUCAAGUCGAUUGAGCGUUGGUUGAGUGAAUUGAAGGAUAACGCGGACCCAAAGAUUGUUGUGAUGGUUGUUGGGAACAAAGCUGAUUUGUCACAAACAAGAGAAGUCGACGAGUCCACUGCAAAAACGUUCUGCGAGAAUCAGAAACUCUUCUUCUUCGAGACAUCAGCACUUGAUGGAACAAACGUCGAGACCGCUUUCAAGAACCUCUUAAUCGAAAUUUAUAAACAAAACGUUUCGAACUUGGACGAGAACGCUCAAAAAGUACCACAAGAAAAGCCAGACAUCGUCCCAAUCGAGCCAGUCCUUCCUAAUGGUGAUAAAAGCAAAUGCUGUUAA